CGGACUGGUCCCCAACUCGUGCGCGGCGGCGGGGGUGGGCGCAGCCCCGGAGGAUGUGGAAGUGCGGCGGCUGCUCGCGGCCGCGGCCGUCGGGGCUGCUGCUGCUGCUGCUGCUGCUGCUCGCCGUGCCCCGCGCCCUGGCAGCCCCGCGUUCGGCGCUCUACUCGCCCUCCGACCCGCUGACGCUGCUGCAGGCGGACACGCUGCGCGGCGCGGUGCUGGGCUCCCACAGCGCCUGGGUCGUGGAGUUCUUCGCCUCCUGGUGCGGCCACUGCAUCGCCUUCGCCCCGACGUGGAAGGCCCUCGCUAACGACGUCAAGGACUGGCGGCCAGCACUGAACCUCGCUGCCCUGGACUGCGCUGAUGAGACCAACAGUGCCAUCUGCAGGGACUUCAACAUCCCCGGCUUCCCCACCGUGAGGUUCUUCAAGGCGUUCUCCAAGGGCGGCGUGGGAACGACCCUGCCAGUGGCUGGUGCCGACGUGCCAACGCUGCGUGAGAGGCUCAUCGAUGCCCUGGAGACGCACCGUGACAAGUGGCCCUCGGCCUGUCCUCCUCUGGAGCCUGCCAGGCUGAAGGAUAUUGAUGGAUUUUUUGCAAGAAACAAUAAAGAAUACCUGGCUUUGAUCUUCGAAAAAGAAGAUUCCUACCUGGGGAGAGAGGUGACUCUGGACCUGUCCCAGCACCAGGGCCUGGCGGUACGCAGGGUGCUGAACACCCAGAGAGAUGUGGUGAGCAGGUUUGCUGUUACCGACUUCCCAUCUUGCUACCUGCUGUUCCGGAAUGGCUCUGUCUCCCGGGUCCCUGUGCUAACCGAGUCCAGGCCAUCCUACACGGCGUACCUGCGGAAACUGCCCGGGCUCACCAGGGAGGCCUCGCACACCACCGUGGCGCCCACCACGUCUAACAAGAUAGCACCCACAGUGUGGAAAUUUGCAGAUCGCUCCAAGGUCUACAUGGCCGACCUGGAAUCUGCGCUGCAUUACAUCCUGCGGGUGGAAGUGGGCAAGUUCUCCGUCCUGGAGGGACAGCGCCUGGCGGCCUUGAAGAAGUUCGUGGCUGUGCUGGCCAAGUACUUCCCUGGCCGGCCCUUGGUACAGAACUUCCUGUACUCCGUAGAUGACUGGCUCAAGAGGCAGCAGAAAAAGAAAAUCCCUUACAGCUAUUUCAAAACUGCUCUGGACAGCAGGAGGGAGGACGCUGUACUGGCCAAGAAGGUGAACUGGAUCGGCUGCCAGGGCAGUGAGCCACACUUCCGGGGCUUCCCCUGCUCCCUGUGGGUCCUCUUCCACUUCCUGACGGUGCAGGCGAGUCGGCGAAGCACAGAACCCCCACGAGACAUGGCCAAGGGCCAGGAGGUGCUGCAGGCCAUCCGGAGCUACGUCCGUCAUUUCUUCGGCUGCCGAGAGUGCGCGGGCCACUUCGAGCAGAUGGCUGCCCGCUCCAUGCACCGGGUGGGGAGCACCAAUGACGCCGUCCUCUGGCUCUGGAAUAGCCACAACCAGGUCAACGCUCGCCUCGCAGGAGCCCCCAGCGAGGACCCCCAGUUUCCCAAGGUGCAAUGGCCACCGCGUGAACUCUGCUCUGCCUGCCACAAUGAACUCCAGGGCCCGAUGCCAGUGUGGGAUGUGGGCGCCACCCUCAACUUCCUCAAGAGCCACUUCUCCCCUGGAAACAUUGCCCGGGACCCCCCUCCGGCUAGGUCGGCCCCCCGCCGGGGUGUGGUGGCAGCCCUGGAGCUGACCACGCAGAACUCUUCCACCCUGAGUCCUGAGGUGUCAGAGGCCCCAGGAACCACUGUGCCUGCCGAGAGACCCGAGGCAGAUGAGCCUGAGGCAGACACGCUGGAGCUAGAGCAGCAGGAGGCUGUACCAGGGCGGCAGCGGCGCCUGAGCAGGCGGGACACAGGGGCGGUGCUGCUGGCAGGGCCCCAGCCCCAUGAGGAUGGUCCCCAGGGUGCCUGGCAGCUGAGGCGCGUGGGCCGCGGGGCUGCCAAGCUGCUGGCAGGCAUGCCUGAGGAGGAGCCCAUGGUGGCAGUGGCAGCCCGGGCUAGGAGGGCCCCUGGCCAGUGGCUGCAGGUACUGGGUGGGGGCUUCUCUCACCUGGAUGCCAGCCUGUGUGUGGGGCUCUAUUCCCUGUCCUUCAUGGGCCUGCUGGCCGUGUACAGCUUCUUCCGGGCCAGGAUGAGGGCCCUGAAGGGCCACGCCAGCCACUCUGCAGCCUGAGCCUCCCAGCCCAGGACUGGGGGGCCGGGGUCUUCUCGCUGCCUCUCUCCUUUCCUUCCCUCCUGCCUUGUGGAGCCCUGGUCCCGCCUAGGAGGCCACGUGGGGUGACCAGGAGAACCAGUGAGUCCAGCAGCAGGGUGCCCUGGUCAGCUGGAAAGGAAAGAUCCAUGCACAAAGGACAAGAGCAGGAUCCAGGGAGGCUCACCCCUCGCCUGCACCUGCUGCGUACCGGAUUCUUCUGUCUAUAGCUCCUCUGAAGUCCUGCCCUAUUCUCUGCUGAAGCUUUAAUCUCUCCUGCUUUGGUCUUGGCCCUCCGUGGGGGCAGCUGAGACCCCGGUUUCCAAGGUUCCCCCUCUUUCCGAGGAGGGUUCCCUGGGCUGGGCAGGCUGCAGGUAGACCCUUCAUUGUGCCCUUCCAGACACGAAAAGGCCUUAGCACCUGUUCCUCACACCUCCCAGUGGGGGCUGGCUUCUAGAAGCCUCCAUGCUGGUACCCCCAGGUGAGGUUUGGGUGUUGAUCUCUGCUCCAGGGAGUGUUGGUUGGGAUCUGUGUGGUCCUGCCUGGCUGGGUGGGUGCUCGCGUCAGCCUGGGACAGCCGAGAUCUGCAGUGCCUUUGCUCUGGGCCCCGUGGGUGCCGGGCAGAAGGAAGCCACAGCUAUAGAAGGUGGCAGCCAGCAGCUGGGCUCCGUCCGCCCCUCCACACUGGGUCUCGCCUCUUGCUCUUGGUCCCCAAAUCAGUGCCAACAUUGGAUGUGGAAGCUGUGGGCUGAGGACAGCAACGGAGUGCCUGCCCUCUCGGGCCUCCACCUCCCACUGAGGAGAGAAAGUGAGGGCAGGGCUAUACCCAGGUUUGGCCCCCGCUCUGCCCCACUGCUUGGGAGGGCUGUGGAAUAAAUUAUUUUUGUUAA